UAUUUGAAAUAUAAUGGAUAAUGUAUUUAUAAAUGAUUCUGACGAUGAAUUUGAAGACGAAAAUCCUGAAGAUCGAAAUUUGUGGCGGCUUGCGAAAAGGUACAUACGUAAUUGGGAAAAUCCCAUAGAAUUUUUUGAAGAUAUUCCUUUUCGGAAAAGAUACAGAUUCAGCAAAAGAGCUGUGAUCGAAAUCUUAUUACCUUUGGUAAAUGCUCAACUGAGGCGAUUGGAUAAUCGUGGACUGCCGAUUUCCCCACUGAUGCAGCUUUUAGUAACACUGCGUUUUUAUGCAACAAGUAGCUUUCAGAUUGUGAAUGGAGACUUGCGAGGAUUUAGCCAAGCUACAGUAUCAAGAAUUAUUGUACGAGUUUCCAGAAUUAUAGCAUCACACUUAAGUGAAUAUAUUAAUUUUUUUACCGAAGAAAAACGUCGGAGUAAUAAAAAUAAAUUUUAUGAGAUUGCCAACUUUCCAUCUAUAAUAGGGUGUAUUGAUUGCACCCAUAUACGCAUUGCAAAUCCUGGACGGAAUUAUGGAGAAGUAUUCCGGAAUAGAAAGGAUAGUUUUCUUUAAAUGUACAGGUUGUAAGUGGAUCCCAACGAGAAAUUCUUGAUAUCGUUGUCAGGCAUCCUGGUUCAACUCACGACGCCGUGAUAUUUGAUCGAAGCGGUUUGCGCUGUCGUUUCGAUCUGGGACGCCUAGAUGGAAUUCUACUUGCUGAUAGUGGAUAUGCGUGCCGCAGCUAUCUAUUGACACCUGUUUUAAGACCUGAGACAGACGCAGAAGUUCGGUACAAUACUGCGCACAAGAAAACGCGAAUUAUCGUUGAACAGUUAUUUGGAUGUUGGAAACGUCGAUUUCCAUGUCUAUAUUAUGGCUUACGCACAAAGUUGAGCACAUCAGUGGUAAUUAUUUGCGCCACCGCCGUUUUGCACAAUAUGUGCAUUAAAUGUAAUUUAGGCGAAGUGAUUGAAGAAGUAUUUAACGAACCUAUAAUUGAAAACAUUGUAAAUCGAGAACAAGAUGGAAUAGGACUUGUACAUAGAAACGCUUUUAU